AUGUUGUCAAAUUUUAAUUCAAAAUCAGUUUUACAUUUUCCAAAAAUAUUUACUUCUCUCAGAUUUUCAACUGCUGAUAAUACACAAAAUAAAAGUUUAAUUAAAAAAGAAGAAUCAAAAUUUGCUGAAAGGCCAUCAUCAUUUACUAUUAAUUCAGAAGACAAACAAAUUCAACAAUUUGUUAGAAAGGAUUAUAAAAUUAAUAAUAGAGAAAAGUUUGGCUCUCUCAGUAAAAAUAUUCGAAUGCCACAAACAGAAAAAGUCAAAACAGGAUUUCAAUCAAAUAUUUGGGACAAAGGAAUUGAAGUUAUUCGGUUUGUCAAAGAACGUGAAAAAACUUUUCGUGAAAAAUUGGAAGACGAUUUUUGUGAAGGAAGGGCUGUACAAGUAGAGGAACCUUUAUAUGUUACUUUUAAACAUGCACUUAAAAAGGAUUUGAAAUUGAAAAGGAUGAGGGCUGAAAGGAAGAAGGAUGCAAGAGAACAACAGGUUUAUUAUUUUGAGGGUUUAUUUUUAAGUUUAUUUUCGAGCGGAGGGGGGGAGGGCCUCGGGAAAGUUUUUUAAAAAGUUCACGCCCACACGCGGGAAGUCCGCAAAAUUUUUGCGGACUGGAAAAAGUCCAAAUAGAAAAAGUCCGCAUCUUUUUUUGGAGAAACCCAUCACCAAAUCAAUCUUCGAAAAUACUUUUAUGAAAAAUCCUCAGCACCCCCCCCCCUCUCUCUCUCUUAAUAAAAAAAAUA